GGCUUGGGGGGAGCCUGCCAGCCUCCCGCUUCCCUUCCCUCUGCCCAGUUGCUGGGGUUUUUGCCUCUGGCUCCUGUCCCAGUGCCACCCCUCUCUGGUUCCCUCUUGCGACAGCUUCUUUCCCCUGCCCAAGGCGGCUGUGGCAAAGGCUGAUUCCCUCUCCUACUCCCCCCUCCUCCCCAGUCCCCAACCUCCCUCGCUCCAACGCAUCAGGGCUUGUAGGGACUUUCAUCCUGCCUAGCCAAACCGGCCGAGAGGCGGGAGCCCAGAGCCCGCGAUCUGCAACCCGCGGCACGGAUCCCAGCAUUCCAGCUCCGAGGCAGUCCGAGGAGCCGGCUGCGGGCUGCUGGCUGCGAGCGGCAGCUGUGUCUCCUUGGAGGAGAGCGAGGAGGAGGAAGAGAACGGGGAAAGCAAGGCUAGGAAGCGCAAGAGAUAAGGAAACUAAGAAACAGAGAAGUUAAGUGACACUCCCAGCAUCACAGAACUACUAAGGAUCUGAGGUGAUGACCCAAAAAGAUCAUGUCUGAAGUACAGGGAACGGUUGAGUUUUCUGUACAGCUACACAAAUUCCACAAUGUGGAUCUCUUCCAGCGAGGGCAUUACCAAGUCCGAGUUACCUUGAAGGUCCCCUCAAGGAUUCCCCACAGGUUGAGUGUCAAGAUUGGUGGGCAGACAGAGGUCUCCAGCCUGGGUUCCCCAAGUGUCCACGACAACACCGUGAACAGCCGGAUAUUCCAAAUCUUGUACAGGAAUGAAGAAAUCAUCAUUAAUGAGAUGAUGACCUUUCGAGUACAUUUGCUCUUAGAUGGGGAAAGGGUCGAAAAUGCUUUAAGUGAAGUUGAUUUCCAGCUCAAGUUGGACCUUCAUUUUACAGAGAGUGAACAGCAGGCAAAGGAUUUGGCGGGGAUGCCAACCAUCAGCAGCCGCACACUGGGCCUCCACUUCCAGCCUCGAAGGGGUCUGCAUCAUCAUAUCCCUGUAAUGUUUGACUAUUUCCACCUGUCUGUGAUCUCCGUGACAAUCCAUGCCUCACUAGUGGCCCUGCAGCAACCACUGAUCAGCUUUACACGCCCAGGAAAAGGAUCAUGGCUGGGUAAAGGCAGCCCGGAGUCAGGUUCAGAACAGUCCAGUAUGUCCUUAGAAAGCCUUGUCUUUGGAGCUGGUUACUGCAAACCUUCUUUCUCAGAGGGAAGCUUUUAUACACCCUCUGAGAACUGCAUGCAACAUGCAUACAAAUGGCACCGGGACCUAUGUCACUUGCUCUUAAACACAUACCAAGAACUAUAUGUGUACUUCCUCAUUCUUAUGAAGGACAUCCCAGAUCUCCCACGAAUUAAGCUGGAGAAACUUGCUGUUGAAGAAACAUUAUCUCUUCUGUGUUCAGAGCUACAGCUGAUGAACAAUCCAGAGAAGAUAGCUGAGCAGAUAAGUAAGGAUCUCACUUGGCUUUGCUCCCACCUCUUGGAACUAUGGACCCAGUUCUUGGAAGUGGUAUCACUCAACCCUGAAGUCACAACGUAUCUCAACAAGGAACACCAUGCUCUAAGGGUCAGAAGAUUUUCAGAGGCUUUCUUCUAUAUGGAACAUCAAAAGCUUUCUGUCCUGACAUUUCAGGAAAGUCUGAUCCAAAGACAGAAUCAGAUUGCUUUGGACAUCCGGAAUUCUGAGUACUUCACCAGCAUGCCUGCCCUCCCAGCAGAAUGCCUAGAUAUUGAUGGAGACUGGAACACCCUACCAGUCAUUUUUGAGGAUAGAUACGUGGAAUGUCCCGGGGAAGCGGGUAAUUUGAGGAUUUCCACAAAUGCUGUUGCUCCUGUUAAAACUACCCCAAAAGUGGAACAAGAGGAAAAAGAGAAGGGUCAACAAUCAAAUGCUAAUGCAACAUCUGAGAAAACAACAUUCAGGGAAGAUGCUUCUUUACCAUGCAACCUUGAAGUGGACUAUAUGUGUCCUAGUAUAGGUGGGGAAGUAUCCACGGACAGAUACUCACCCCCCAGUUCAGUAUCUCAGGUAUACCUGACAAUUGGUGAAUCCCAGGAUGAAAUGGGUUUACCUCAAGAGCCUCCAACAGCUUCAGCAAAUGAUCCUGCAACUGACUUCAUGCCCAUUGCUUUAACACAAUCUAUACCAGACUUGAGCAGAUCUGAGCAGACUGUGGCUGGAGAUAGUAAUCUGGCAUCUUGCUUGACAUACAUCGAAAUGAACCCCAGCAAUAAGCACCCAGAUAAUGGUGAACCUGGGUUAGUAAUUGCCACUCAUUAUGAUACCAGAACACCUAUAGAUAAUUACAUCAGGACUGUGUCAGAUGAAGCAACUGCAUUUCCUAACCCUGAGAAUGUUGUCUCCACAGACAAAGCCACGUUAAAUGAUUUAAGUAAGGAGGGGAAUCAAGAGAAUAAGGCCACAUUACUAUCACUGAAACAUCCUCCAGUGAAUUUGAUUGAUCCAUUAAGCCCAACGCCAAGAGAUCCAUUGGAUGUUAAGUCAUUGCCAAGGGAUCCAAAGAGUAAUGAGCAUGAAGUGUUAUCAGCACUAUCUGGGACCAUCAAACGAUCUUCUUCAGUAAUCUCUGACUCAGGCAUUGAAAGUGAACCAAGCUCUGUUGCUUGGUCUGAGGCCCGUAGCAGGGCUCUGGAAUUACCCAGUGACCGAGAGGUCCUGCAGCAACUUGUAAGAAGGCAUGCUAUCCAUAGAAAUUCCUUAGAAGGCGGUCACACAGAAAGCAAUACAAGCUUGCCUAGUGGUAUCCAAGCUUCCCUGACCUCCAUUAGCUCUUUGCCUUUUGAGGAAGAAGAGAGAGAGGUGGCACUUAACAAGCUAACUAAAUCUGUUUCGGCUCCUCAGAUAAGUAGCCCAGAGGAGUUGGCAGAGGACAAUGACAUAUCCAGAAGUGACCAGGGGAAUUUGGAGACCUUGGAUGGUCACUUUCAGAAAUACCUUGAAGAAAACCAGGAUGAGGGCAGGAAUAUAGAUUCCAUUAGGAACGUUCCCGGGUUUCAAAAUGACCCUCCAAAGCGUGACUGUGAAGUCUUCCAUUCACUAGUAGAGAUGGUUUUUGACACAGAUCACCCACAGGAAGAUAAGGGCUACAUGGAUUUAGCAGAAGUUAAUGAUAAUGCACAUUUUCUUUUGGGCCACUGUAGUUUCACCUAUAGCGAGCCUGUGGUGGAUGAAACAUCUUAUGUUGCUGGAGCUGAGUAUUCCUCCAUGGCUAAAACCAAAGAACUGACUUCAGAUAUGUUGUAUGUCUCUGAAGUAGAUACUAUCCAGGAUGAUGUUUCUAAUGAAGGUCUACUGGAGCAUCCAAAGGCUGAGUCUGAGGUCUCAAAAACUGAAAAUGACAUAUUUUCUAGUAUCAAUAUCUCAGCCAUUGAGGAUUUCUCCCAAUCUAUCCAUCAGGUGCCUGAAUUUCCCUGUAGUUCCUCUACAGAAGCUGCAAGGCCAGAUUCAAACACAGAGAAAAGUAGGGAGUCUUCCACUGGUGAUGAUGCCCCUACCCAAGAAGAUUCCCAUGUUUUGCAGGAAGUAGAUCUAAAUGAAGUCAUUGUGCUCAGCCGCAGCCAAGGUAUCCAUAACCUUGAUGUUCAGUUCCUUGAAAACUUUGAAUCUAAACCCGUUGCCAACAGCAACAACUUCCACUUGACCACCACUGAGGCAUUAUCACUGGACACAAGAAAGGCUGUGGAGGUGGUUAAUUUGUCUGUGUCCUGCACAGCUACAUGUCUUCCUUUCUCCUCAAUGCUUAAAGAAGCUCCUGCCAAGGUUGGACUUUCUUCUAAACAAAAUACAUUCCCAAUUACCCACCAGCCUGUGGGGUCAUUUGGGGUGGUUUCAUGUGAUACAAGAAAUCUGGAGGAAGAAGUCAAUGAAAGAAUGUUUAGUUUUUAUCAGGCCAAAGAGAAAUUUAAAAAAGAGCUGAAGGAUGAAGAGUAUCUGUACAGUGACUUGUCUGUCCUAGCUUCUGACUUGCCAUAUUUUCCACCAGAGGAAGAGGAAGAGAACUUGGAAGAUGGGAUUCAUCUGGUUAUCUGUGUUCAUGGACUGGAUGGUAACAGCGCAGAUCUCCGCCUGGUAAAGACAUUUAUUGAACUGGGCCUUCCUGGAGGAAAAUUGGAUUUCUUGAUGUCUGAGAGGAAUCAGAGUGACACUUUUGCUGACUUUGACACAAUGACAGACCGAUUACUUGAUGAGAUCAUUCAGCAUAUCCAGUUGUAUAAUCUAUCCAUUUCUCGAAUCAGCUUUAUUGGCCAUUCCCUUGGCAACAUCAUCAUCCGAUCAGUAUUGACUCGGCCUCGUUUUCGGUAUUACCUCAACAAGCUACAUACCUUUCUCUCUCUCUCUGGGCCACACUUGGGGACACUUUACAACAAUAGUACUCUUGUUAGUACAGGUUUGUGGCUAAUGCAGAAGCUGAAGAAAUCCGGGUCCCUUUUACAGCUGACCUUCAGGGACAACACGGAUUUGCGCAAAUGUUUCCUGUACCAACUGAGCCAAAAAACAGGCCUUCAGUAUUUUAAAAAUGUUGUGUUGGUUGCUUCUCCUCAAGACCGGUAUGUGCCAUUUCAUUCAGCAAGAAUUGAAAUGUGUAAAAUGGCCCUCAAGGACAGGCAUACAGGCCCAGUUUAUGUUGAGAUGAUCAACAACCUUCUCCAACCUCUGAUUGAGGCCAAGGAUUGCACUGUAAUUCGACACAACGUGUUCCACGCUCUGCCCAACACUGCCAAUGCCCUGAUCGGCCGAGCUGCCCACAUAGCUGUACUGGAUUCCGAACUCUUCCUGGAGAAAUUUUUCCUGGUCACGGGACUCAACUACUUCAAAUAAUGGCUUUAGGGGAGUCAAUUAGGGUACUGUGUAAUACUCCAAAAAGCAACCAGUGCACUUUUUUAGUAUCAUCCAGACCUUUAGCUGAAACAUACAGCUUUUUUAGAUUUGGGAGGCCCAUGCUAAACAUGGAGAUAGGAGCCUCAAUUGCUUUUUACGUGGAAAGUGGAAAGGAGAAUGUCUUAUGGGAAUGGUUAGAGAUAUUGAAGCUGCUCCUAUCUCAGUUUAGGAAAGCCAAGCAAACCAUCAUUUACCAAAUUGUAGGUUGUCAUUUGUCUGGUGACCCAAAGGCUCAUUACAGAAGCUUCACAAGAACUAGAAGAAAAAUAAACAAGUGUUGGGAGAGAGGUUGGUGGGACCAGUGUCAUCAUCUUAAUAGCAUAGAACAAUGGCUUCCUCCCCCAUUUAACUUGAUUUGUCCAAAGCAUUACCAGCUUGAGUGUUUGUCGGCUGAUACAAAUGCAUAGAAACAUUUCAGAACUCAGGUUAAAACUUCUUUUUGUGUGUGUAGAACUGGAGAUUAUUCAUGUGCAAAGAAUCCUUUAUAAAUUCUUUCGUGCCAUCUCUGUUUAAAAAAAAUGUGAUCUCCAUUCCAUCAUUCCUUUUCAUAUGUGGUUAAAGGGGUAUUCUUCAUAAAACCUUUUUUUUUUUUUUGAUGGGGUGGGAACAUGAGGGAGGGAGCAAGGUAGUUCAUCAGUGAUCCUAAGGAUCCUGAAAUAAAAAUACCCGUGAAGAGUAUAUUAGGCCAGCUGGUCCAGUUAUCUUUUUUUUUUUUCUGGAUCACUACUUUAAUAGCUGGUCUAAAUCAUACUUUUACCAUUGGUGAUGUUUACGUCUUUCUUUUUAGUCAGGGCUAUUUACUUACAAGAAAUUGGAAUCACUGAACUUAAAAUAGAGACUGCAAUACAUGGAUUUCUUGGCACUAUUGGAAUCAUCCAAAGAAAUGCCAACUUACCACCUAAUGCCAGAGUGGGGGAAAUGGGGGAAAAAAGGAAGAACAUUAAAAUGGCCAAUGGUUUCUCUUUCAUAAGGAAACAGACAUCUAAAUUGAGGGAUGAAGAAUUGAAAUUGUAACCCAGUUACAAUGAGCAUACCCUAAAGUCAUCUUGCCUUCAGAAAAGUGCUAAAAACUCACAUGACAACAGACAAGGAGAUAGCAAAGUGACACAAGAAUUCAGAGUAGACAAAGAGCAAUGAGCUGGGUGUCAAGAGACCCAGAUUCAAGUCCCAAUUUUACUACUUAUUAGCUGGAUGAGCACAGGCAAGUCAUUCAACCCCUGUGAGAUUUAGCUUCCUCAUCUUUCAAAUAAGGACUUUUGACUAGAUUGACUCUAAGCUACUUGCCAACUUGAAAAGGCUUUGAGGACUGGUAAUUUCAAUGUUAUCUAAAAGAUAAAAUAAGUGACCUGUGAAAGGAAAUUUCAAACAUCAUGUUUGGUUGGUCUAACUCCCAGUAAAGAAUUUAGAAUAUUGAAUGCUGGUUAAAUGUGUAGCUUUUAAAUAGAAUUAAGUGGAAGUGGUUUUUAAAAGUUCAGGACAGAGGCUAUUCCCUAUGGAAAACUAUGGAGAACAAAGGCUUCAUACUCUUACCCUGCAAGAAUCUAAUUCACCAAAAGUGGAAACACCCCUUCAAGAAAAUUCAGCAAGACUAGGCUCCAAGUAUCUAUACUACAAAAUUUUGGGACAUUGUUUCCUUUGUAUAUGAUAAAAGAAACAUGCACAGAGUUAGAAAAGAGAAUGUAUUGGGAAAUAUGCUUGCUCAUCUGGAGAAUAUAUUUUAAAAUGAUGAACUGAGACUUGGGGGCUUGAGAAAAUGAUUAAAAUAUUCAUGGGGUUGAUGCUUAGAUUUUUUUAUAAGGGUCAGGGAUAUGAUGAAAGAAAAGGUAGCCACCCAAAGAAUGAGUUGAAUUUUAGCUUAGAGGUGCUUCUUCCUUCUAUUUUGUGUUCCAUUAAUCUCAUAGUAUUGAGUUGUUACCAAAAAAAAAAAAUCAUAGAGUCAUAGAAUGGUAGAGCUUGAAGUAAAUGUAGAAAAUAGAAUGUUAAAGCUGAAAAGGACCUGAGUAUGUAGUAUAUUAAAGAUUAAAGGGUCCUUAGAACUUAAAAUGUUUAUAUAUAUAUAUAUAUAUAUAUAUAUAUAUAUAAUGUCACAGCUGAAAGAUCUUAGGGAACAUGUGUUCCAGUUCUCUAAUAUGAGAGAUGAAGAAAUUGAGGCCCAUAAGGGUUAAUUGAUUCAUCCAAGUAUGCACAGAUUAAAUGCUAGAGCCAGAACUGGAGCCAAGUUCCUUUGAAUCAACUCCUGGCUCCAUAUUGUCAGACUGUCUAAAGUUGAUUACAAGAAAAUAAUCAUCUCCCUAAUGAUAAUGUACAAUCUCUGAAUCUCUCUUUUUUUUUAGAAGAAAAUUAUAUCUAUGAGGCCCAGUGGAGUCAUACAUUUCUCUGAAUGUUCAGUACUAGGGAUUUUAUGAUGCAUGUUCACCCCAGAAGAAAGGCUCACAAUUUAUAAUAAUGUCCCCAUCUUGACCAAAUGCAUCCUUUCCCAUGAACACAUCAGUCUUGCCAUUGCAUGUCUAUGAACCUGUCUGUGUUAUGUGUCAAUGUGUGAUCAUUUGAAGACCCUCAGAGCCAAUGGCUAUAAAGCCAAGAUGAAUCCAACAAGUAUUGUCCAUUUAAAUAAGCAGAUUUCUAAAAAAUCUCCAAUGUGCUGCCUAAACCAACUGAUACAAAUACUGGCAAUAAUAAAUAGUUCAGCAAUGAAAUGAUUUGAAAUCCCCCAGUGCCUCUUUUUCACUGGGGUAGCUGUCUUUGUUGUAAAGACAUUGUUAUCAUAAAGCCCAACUGAUUUAUGAAUAUAUAUUACAGUCAUGUAGAAAAUACAUGCUAAUUUUACAAAUAAGAGUGUGUGCUUGUCCGACUUCUAGGAACUUAAGGUAGCCUCAUUUGG